AACAGCAGCAGCAAGAGUAGUAGCAGCAGCAACAGCAGCAGCAAGAGUAGUAGCAGCAGCAACGGUGGUGGUGGUGGUGAUGGUGGUGAUGGUGGUGGCGGUGGCGGU